AUGUCCCUACCCUCCCAUUUCACCCGGCGCCACCUGACCCUUCUUCGCUCCAACUCCCCACGCACUCCGCUCCGCGUAGUCGCCCACAUUGACCUGGACGCCUUCUACGCGCAAUGCGAAAUGGUCCGCCUUAACACGCCGCUCACCCAACCACUGGCCGUCCAGCAAUGGGAAUCCCUCAUCGCAGUCAACUAUCCCGCGCGCGCGUUCAACAUCACACGCAUGCUGACGGCGGCAGAGGCGCGCAAGCGCUGUCCGCAGCUCAUCACGCAGCACGUCGCGACGUUUCGGGAAGGGGAGGGUGAACAGUGGAAAUAUAGGGAUGAUGCGGCGGAGUGCAUAGCAACAGAUAAGGUAUCGUUGGAACCGUAUCGGAUGGAAAGUAGGAAGAUUCUGGAGGUUAUCAAGACGGUUCUGACGGAGCGGGCGGAGGAGGUCAUAAGGGAUGUAGGUGUUGAGGGUGCUGCCAAGGGGCCGGGAAUGGAGCAGCUGGUGAGGGUUGAGAAGGCAGGGAUCGAUGAAGUUUUUGUUGAUUUGUCGGCGUUGGUGUAUGAGACGUUGUUGGAGUGGUAUCCCAUGCUGCGGGAGGGGGAGGUGGAGCUCGAUGUGAAUGAGAGGUUACCUGGUCUUCCGACUACGGUGUUGGAAUGGGGUAAAGAGGAUAUGUUGGUUGAUUUGGAUGUUGGUGAGGCGGAGGAAGAUGACCCUGACUGGGAUGAUAUGUGUAUGCUUGUGGGAGCGGAUAUCGUCCGCUCUGUGCGUGCGGCCAUCUGGGAGAGGUUGAAAUAUACCUGCUCAGCUGCGAUUGCGAGAAAUAAGAUGAUGGCAAAAUUGGGAAGCUCGUGCAAUAAACCGAACAAGCAGACUAUUGUGCGCAAUAGAGCUAUUCAGCACUUUCUGAGUGGAUUUCGGUUUACGCAGAUUAGGAUGCUGGGGGGGAAGCUGGGGAAACAGGUGUCCGCUACCUUUGGCACGGAGGAGGUUGGCGAUCUCUUAAGAAUCCCCAUCGAGCAAUUGAAGUUAAAACUAGGUGAUGAUACGGGCACAUGGCUAUAUGAGAUUAUCAGAGGUUAUGAGUAUAGUGAGGUUAGUAUGCGGACGAAAAUUAAGUCCAUGCUCUCAACCAAGUCAUUUCGGCCAGGUAUCAAGUCAUCGGGACAGGCAGAGAAGUGGCUACGAAUUUUUGUCGCGGAUAUUUAUGGCAGGCUGUUGGAAGAAGGGGUUUUGGAAAAUAAACGUCGUCCCAAGGUUGUCACUAUACACCAUCGGACCAAGGGGCAGACGAGGUCUCGUCAGAUUCCGAUUCCGCCGGGGAGACCGAUGAGCGAUACGAUGUUGUUUGAUCUUGCUAAGACGCUGCUGGCCCAGGUUGUGAAUGAGGGCAAUAUUUGGCCGUGUGCGAAUUUGUCCCUAAACGUCAGCGGAUUUGAAGAUGGGCUUACGGGCAAUCGAAGCUUGGAUUCCUUUUUUGGUCGCGGGGAUGGCGGCGCGAAAACGGCAGCUGCUGCCAUACAGCAACAAGAGCAGAGUGGUGGUAGUGUCCAACGGGGAUUCAUGCAUGGCUCUGAACCACAUAAGAGGAGAAAAGUGUCGGAUAAUGAUCGUGAUGAAGAUGAUCACGUCAACGAUGACCUUAGCACCCGAUCCUCUGACCGUGCAAAUGAAGACGAAGAAGAAUCUCUCUUCCUCCAAGAACCUGACCUUCAUCAUCCUUCGCAUCUUACAUCUACAACAGCAGCUACACCUCCACUGAACGGAAACGCCAUCGUCACACAACACAACGACUGGACCACUGUUGAUUUACAGGAAUUAUCUUUCCCCUGCACCCGUUGCGGCAAGACGAUAAUGGAAUACGACAAAAUCGAGCAUGAAGACUGGCAUUUCGCCAAGGAUUUAGAUGAGCAGGACAGACUGCACCAUUCGACAACUAUUCCCCCCACCUUACGGCAGAGAGGUAAUUUGAGGAGCAGAGGUCGCGGUCGCGGUCGCGGGAAGACCGAUAAGCGACAAAGUCGACUCGCGUUUUGA